AUGGCGGCGUCGUCGGCGCACAUCCAUGCCCUUGGAGCGGGGUUCCCGCGGUCUAGGAAGACGUCGAGGGUGUCGUCUUCUGGAUCGGUCUUCUUCGGAGAACGCUGGGGCGACGUUGCCGCCCGGGCGGCGCUCCCGAGGAUGAGAAGAGCCGGAGGUGGCGGUGGGAUGUCCCGCCCGGGGGCGCUGAAGGUGGUGUGCGAGAAGGUGGUGGGGAUUGAUCUUGGGACUACCAAUUCUGCGGUCGCGGCAAUGGAGGGGGGGAAGCCGACGAUAGUGACGAAUGCGGAGGGGCAGCGGACGACGCCGUCGGUGGUGGCGUACACGAAGAACGGGGACCGGCUGGUGGGCCAGAUUGCUAAGCGGCAGGCGGUGGUAAAUCCGGAGAAUACCUUCUUUUCCGUGAAGCGGUUCAUCGGGAGGAAGAUGGCUGAGGUCGACGACGAGGCGAAGCAAGUCUCCUACAAGGUCAUCCGCGACGAGAACGGGAAUGUCAAGUUGGACUGUCCUGCCAUUGGUAAGCAGUUCGCCGCCGAGGAGAUUUCUGCUCAGGUCGGUUUGAGUUUUCUGGUUUCUAUCUGGUCUUUUUCUUACUGCUAUUUUUAUUAUUAUUUGAUAGACCUCAUGCACUUUGUGAAAAGUUUUACGAUUUCAAAAUUUAAGUCCAUUAUAAUGAAAUUAACUGCUGAACGCUCUCCCGAGAGUUACCUACUUGGUGGAUCCAUCUAUUCUUGAUUCCGACAGUAGAAGGAAAAAGAUACAGAUGAGUGGGGAGAAUACGUCGAAUCCGCACAUAGGAGAAUGAUGAUCAUUUUUAAUAUAUUUUUACGGUUAUUUUUCUGUUGUUGAAGAGUGGGCCUACUCUAAUCUUUUCCAUUGUCGGUGUUAUUAUAAUCUAGUUUCAUUGCUGCAUGUUUUCUUGCAGCUUACUGAUUUUUCUCCAUUAAUCUUAGGUUCUGAGGAAACUUGUGGAUGACGCGUCCAAGUUUCUUAACGAUAAAGUGACAAAGGCGGUGGUUACCGUGCCUGCAUACUUCAAUGACUCCCAAAGAACUGCAACAAAAGAUGCUGGCCGUAUCGCUGGUUUGGAUGUUCUCCGCAUAAUCAAUGAACCAACGGCUGCUUCGCUGGCUUAUGGAUUCGAAAAGAAGAACAACGAAACCAUUCUCGUGUUUGACCUUGGAGGAGGCACAUUUGAUGUCUCAGGUAUACACUGAAUUGCCAUGCUCAAGCAUGUACUCUAUUGCCUUCAAAUUUUUCUUUCCAUCACACUUUACAGCCCUGUUAUUAUAAGUUGGCAUACUGCUAGGAAUCGGAUGACUUCUUCUGCAAAUGAAACAUGUGCCAAUUAGUUAAUCAUUUUUUCGCUCCUUAGUAUGCAAGUCCAACUCAACUUCUGAAAAGGUUUUGUGUAUAAUUUUUAAAUUAAUAUAUUUUAAUGCUGCUUUUUGGGCCAGUUCUUGAAGUGGGGGAUGGUGUAUUUGAGGUGCUUUCGACUUCUGGUGAUACACACCUGGGUGGUGACGACUUUGACAAGGUUAGUUGUACGACUUUGACUGUACAAACCCACCGAUCCACCCACUAUUACUGCGUUCACGUAUCCAUGUUUCUUUUGAUAGACAAGGAGUUCUGGCGUUACCCAGUUUCAGAAAACCUCAGUUUUCUUACAUGGUGAUAAGUGUCAUUGAUUUUGUUUAUUAUUAUUAUUAUCAAUGGAAACAGAGGGUCGUUGACUGGCUAGCAUCAGACUUCAAAAGAGACGAGGGAAUUGAUCUUUUGAAGGAUAAGCAAGCCCUGCAGCGUCUGACAGAGUCGGCGGAGAAGGCGAAGAUGGAAUUGUCAACCCUAACGCAGACAAAUAUCAGGUACCCCCUCCCGCGGCUCCCGGAUGAGUAAAAUUAUUUAUUUAUCUCUUGUUCUUUGGACCUAGAUGGUACUGAAGCAGUUGACUUUUGUGUGUGUGUGUGUGUGACUGGUCGCAGUUUGCCGUUCAUCACUGCGACAGCAGAUGGCCCGAAGCACAUCGAGACGACCCUCACUAGAGCCAAGUUCGAGGAGCUCUGCUCAGACCUGCUCGACAGGUGAAUAUCAUCAUCCUCAGAGCCUAGUUGACCCCAUAGCUUCUGCUCUAUGUUUUUUCUUCCAUCUUUAGAACUCAACCUGAUAUCGGGAAGAAAAAAAAAAAAUCUCGAUUUAUCGAUCUUCCUGAUUUAAUUUUCUUUAAAAAAAAAUUGUGCAGGCUGAGGACCCCGGUGGAGAACGCGCUCAGGGACGCGAAGCUCUCGUUCAAGGAUCUGGACGAGGUGAUCCUAGUGGGGGGGUCAACCCGGAUCCCGGCGGUCCAGGAGCUGGUCAGGAAGUUGACCGGGAAGGAGCCCAACGUGACGGUCAACCCCGAUGAGGUCGUCGCCCUGGGGGCCGCCGUCCAGGCUGGGGUUCUGUCGGGUGACGUGAGCGACAUCGUGCUGCUGGAUGUGACGCCGCUUUCCCUGGGGCUGGAGACUCUCGGCGGGGUGAUGACGAAGAUCAUCCCCAGGAACACGACGCUGCCCACGUCGAAGUCGGAGGUCUUCUCCACCGCCGCCGACGGACAGACCAGCGUGGAGAUCAACGUCCUCCAGGGGGAGCGCGAGUUCGUCGCCGACAACAAGUCCCUCGGCCGCUUCCGCCUCGACGGCAUCCCCCCCGCCCCCCGCGGCGUCCCCCAGAUCGAGGUCAAGUUCGACAUCGACGCCAACGGCAUCCUCUCCGUCGCCGCCAUCGACAAGGGCACCGGCAAGAAGCAGGACAUUACCAUCACCGGCGCCAGCACCCUCCCCGGCGACGAGGUAAUCUUUCUCUUUCUCUCUCUCUCUCUCUCUCCCUUUUCUCUCUCUCUCUCUCCCCGGCGACGAUGAUGGUGUAUGGGGGGGUGUGGGCAGGUGGAUAGGAUGGUGAAGGAGGCGGAGAGGUUCGCGAAGGAGGACAAGGAGAGGAGGGAGGCGAUCGACACGAAGAACCAGGCGGACUCGGUGGUGUACCAGACGGAGAAGCAGCUCAAGGAGCUGGGGGAGAAGGUGCCCGCGGAGGUGAAGGAGAAGGUAGAGGGGAAGCUGGGGGAGCUCAAGGAGGCCCUCGCCGGCGGCGCCACCACGCAGGCCAUCAAGGACGCCAUGGCCGCUCUCAACCAGGAGGUCAUGCAGAUCGGCCAGUCCCUCUACAACCAGCCCGGCGCCGCUGGUGGCUCCGCUGGGCCAUCGUCCUCCCCCGGCGCUGACUCCGCCGGCCCCUCAGCCGCCGACAACGGCGACGUCAUCGACGCCGACUUCACCGACAGCAAGUAA